AUGCUAUUAAAUAAAGCAAUUGCUGAUUAUCUUAGUAGCAAUAGUUAUCACAAUGCCUUAGAAGGAUUAAAAAAAGAUGCUGAUAUGCCUGGUGAAGUAGAAAAUAAAUAUGGUGGUUUACUUGAGAAAAAAUGGACAUCUGUAAUCAGAUUGCAAAAGAAGGUAAGCGAACUUGAAUCCAAACUUUCUGAGUAUGAAAAAGAAAUUAAUUCUGGAGCUCCAAAAAGAGCGUUGCGUUCCCCGAGUGAUUGGAUACCAAGAGCUCCUGAAACACACUGUUUAACUGGUCAUAGAGAGACUGUCAUCAAAGUUAUUUUUCAUCCUAUUUUUAAUAUUCUUGUAUCUGCAAGUGAAGAUGCCACUAUUAAAAGUUGGGAUUAUGAGACUGGCGAGUAUGAGAGAACUUUAAAAGGUCAUACAGAAGCUAUUCAAGAUAUUGCAUUUGAUGAAAGUGGCAAACUAUUAGUUUCCUGUAGUGCUGAUAUGAGCAUAAAGCUGUGGGAUUUCAGUCAAACAUAUGAAUGCAUCCGUUCCAUGCACGGUCAUGAACAUAGUGUAUCUGGAGUAUGUUUUCUAAAAGGAGGAGAUUUCAUAGUUUCUUCUUCAAGAGAUAAAACAAUUAAAAUGUGGGAAGUAAAUACCGGAUAUUGUGUUAAAACAUUUACUGGUCAUCGGGAAUGGGUCAGAAAAGUCAAAGUUUCUCCCUGUGGUCAAUUUUUAGCUUCAUGUUCUAACGAUCAUACAGUUAAAGUUUGGAUAAUUGCUGCAACUCAGUGUAAAGCCGAUCUUCGAGGACAUGAACAUGUAGUUGAAUGUAUAGCUUGGGCACCAGCUGCAUCGUCAUCUGCAAUUAAUGAAGGAGCUGGGGUAGAUCAGAAAAAAAAUGGUUAUGAAGGACCUUUUAUUAUAUCAGGAUCAAGGGAUAAAUCAAUUAAGAUGUGGGACGUUGCAUCACGUUCAUGUUUAUUUACUAUGAUUGGACAUGAUAAUUGGGUACGCGGUUUAGUGUUUCAUCCUGGUGGUAAAUAUGUUAUAUCAGCAAGUGAUGAUAAAACACUUAGAAUUUGGGAUUUGGCAAACAAACGUAAUAUGAAAACACUAUUAKCUCAUKGGCACUUUUGUACAACAGUUGAUUUCCAUAGAUCACAACCAUUUGUAAUAACAGGUAGUGUAGACAAAACUAUAAAAGUUUGGGACUGCCGCUAAUAAUUUUUGUUUAAAAAUAUAAACAAUAUGUUCAUUAUUCUUUGCUAAUUUUUAACAGUAUCUCCACAAUGAUGUUUUCUUUUUCUAGUCUGUCAUAGAAGUGUAGGUAGUUUAUCUCCAAGUUGUAUUUGUAUAAAAGGAGCACGGCAUUUUUUUUAUAAAGAAAUGGCUCACUUCUUUAUGUAUUGUAGGUAUGUAUUAUUUUUUCUCAUUACUAGUUUUUAAUAAAGUUUUAGGUUUAAAAUAAAAUAUUAUUUUAUUUAAAUACCUGCUUUUCAUUUAUGACAAUGUACAAUUUUGUUAAAAUACUCUUAUUUUAAUUAAACAUUUGAAUUUAUAAUUAUUUUUUUAUAUAAUGCUUAACUCAGAGAUCAGCUUAAUUGAA